CUCCAUCGCCAGAUCAAAGGCCAGAUGCUAAACCAACUAUGGCUAAAGCUAAAAUCGGCUGAAACCGUUAGCUCUUGCCUAUUAAUCGUCCUCCAUUGGCUUCUUGUGUCCCCCGAGCGCUUCUUCUAGGUUUCCUUCGCCUCCUUCUCGGCUCCGGACCCGGCGGCAGGUUGCGUGCCAGCUGACGGGGCCGAUGGAGUUCAACGCCUCCUACUUCCACGCGUUCGGCAACCCCGACUUCGCGGCGGUCUUCUCCGGUGGCAGCGCGCAGGCCCUCCGGCCGCCGUGCCCCUCGGCCGGCGGCGACGGCGACGGAGCCAGCGUGAAGGCGGAGAAGGGAGCGGUGGCUAGGCAAAGCACCACCGCCACCCCAUCGUCCGUGACCUUUACGGUCCCGGACGAGGAGCUGGGAGAGGCGCAACACUUCCUCAACGAGUGCUCCCGCUGUCGCAAAUGCCUCACCGGCGACAUCUUCAUGUACAGAGGGGACACGCCAUUCUGCAGCGAGGAAUGUAGGAGGAAGCAAAUCGAGACGGAGAAGGCCAGACACCGGAGGAAGAAGCAAAACUCCCCAAAGGCGCAGGCGGCCGUGGCGGCGGCUGUGGCAGCGGCGGCGGAGAGAGAGAACGAACCCCAGCGGCGACGACCGCAGCCACAGUAGAGCUCAUCGGGCAUUUGCCUAUCCACGGUUUCAGCAUGCAUGCCUGCUGCAGAAGAGCGUGAGAUCCUACGUACUACGGACAGAGGAAGAGCAUAUAUCCUAGUUACACGUCGGGAUUGGUAAUACCACAUACUAUACAAUUUUGAAUCACUACCUGAUAUUCCCACCUUUUGUAAUUUCUAGGGAAAAUUGCUCCUCUUUUUGUUUGCUCCUGAUUCAGAUCACGGCCACUUGAAGAGCCUAUGAGCCAUUUUCUUCUGCUA